AUGGCACCAAGUAAGAAAGGUCCAGAGGAAUUUCCUCCUCAGACAAAGUAUGCGUUGAAAGAAAAUACUGUUACACAAGUAGAUCAACCGUUCUAUCAACAUUAUGACACUGGCGUACCGAUAGCCAUAGAUAUGGGUUCAUACCAAUUAAGAGCUGGGUUAACCAAUUCUAAUACUCCCAAUAACAUUUUCCCAACCCUAAUGGCCCGUUAUAGAGAAAGAAAAUCCAACCAAUUGUUAACGUUAGUGGGGAAUGAUGUUUACCGUGAUCCUUUGAUCAGAUCUUCGAUCAAAUCACCAUUUGAUGGGUCCAUUAUCACCAAUUGGGAUUAUGUAGAGACAAUUUUUGAUUACACAUUUGCCCAUUUGAAUGUCCAAAGUACAAAUGAAAGUGUCAAUAACCCAAUUAUCAUGACAGAGCCCCCAGCAACUACCUUAAACUAUAGAAAAGGCUUAUACGAGAUGUUAUUCGAAACCUAUAAUGCUCCACAAGUAACCUUUGGGAUCGAUUCGUUAUUUUCUUACUAUGCUAAUACCAACGGGAAACCACAAGAUGCUAUUGUCAUUGGUAGUGGCCAUCAACUGACACACGUGAUUCCUGUUUGUCAAGGAAAAGGUGUUUUACUGCAAACUAAAAGAAUAGAUUGGGGUGGAGAUCAAAGUCAACAAUUCUUAGGAAAGUUAUUAGCAUUGAAAUACCCUUAUUUCCCUUCUAGACUUACCCCGGCCAAUACCACUAACAUAUUCCAAGAUCACUGCUAUGUACUGGAAGACUAUCAACAUGAUUUAAAGCAUAUUUUAGACAUGGAUAUAUUGGAGUCCAAAGAUAUAGUUCUCCAAGCUCCGGUAGAAAUUGUUCCCGAGAAGAAGAAAUCAGAAGAAGAGAUAGCAGCCCAAACUUUGAAACGAAGAGAACAAGGGAAACGUUUACAAGAACAAGCUAAAGUAAGAAGACAAGAGAAAUUACUUCAAAAACAACAAGAAUAUGAAUAUUUUGUAAAUUUCAAACUGGAAUUUGAAUUCUUAACUCCUGGAGAAGUACAAAAACGUCUUCAAACGGAAAAUUUUGAUGAUUUAAGUGAUUUCAAUAAAUAUUUUACCAAUUUGGAGAAAUCAAUAAAGAAACAAGAACAUAACGAAGAGGAUUCCGAUGAUGAAGGGUUCAACGAUGGUAACAUUGAUCCAUUGACAGCAUGGCCCUUAGUUGGUAUUCCAGACGAACAACUAAAUGCUGAAGAAAUCAAAGAAAAGAGGAAGCAAAAAUUACACAAAGGGAAUUAUGAAGCUCGUCAAAAGAGUUUAGAAGAUAAGAGAAGAGAAGAAGAAGAAAGGGCUCAAUAUGAGCAAGAACAAAAGGAGUGGAGAGAAAGAGAUAUGGAAGGAUGGUGUUCAAGUAAAAGAAUCGAAUUAGCACAAAUAAUUCACCGAGUUAAAGAAAGAAAUAAGUUACUUGAAUCUUUCAAAGAUAGGAAAUCUAUGGCAGCUCAACAAAGAAUGAGAAGUAUUGCUGAUUUAGCCAAUGAUGAAAAUGGAUCAACCAAUGCUGCUUCACGUAAGAGAAGAAGAAAUGCCAAUGCCACUAUUGAUAAUGAUCCUAAUGAUACUUUUGGAGCCAAUGAUGAUGAUUGGAAUGCUUAUAGAGAUAUCACCAAUGUUAAUUUAGAAGAAGAACAAGCCGAAGAUUCUAAAGUGAUCCUUAAAUUAGAAGAAGAAUUAUUAACUUAUGAUGCUAAUUUCCAUCAUGAAGAUACUUUAGCUGCACAAACCACUUUCGAUUGGAAGAACUCUUCCCUCCAUAAAUUCAUUCAUGGACCAAGACCAAACAUAUCUUUAGCUAUGGAACUUGAAGGUUUGGAACAAGAUGAAAUAGCUGCCCACCCAGAGAUUAUAAUGAAGAAUCAUCAACUUCAUGUGAAUGUCGAAAGAAUCAGAGUUCCUGAAAUCUUAUUCCAACCUCAUAUAGCUGGUUUGGAUCAAGCCGGGAUUACGGAAGUAUGUGAUGAUUUGGUUAAUAGAAGAUUAGGGAAAUUCGAAACUGAUAGUCCAUCAUAUAAUGUCAUUAAAGAUGUAUUCAUAACAGGAGGAUUAAGUAACUUACCUAAUUUCGAUACCAGAAUCGUCAAUGAGUUCACAGGAUUUUUACCUAUAGGAGCACCAUUAAGAGUACGUAAAGCUCAAGAUGCUACUAUUGAUCCUUGGAAAGGUAUGAAAUUAUGGUCAGAUACUAAUGAAUGUAAAGGAAGUUAUGUAACUAAAGCAGAAUUUGAAGAGUACGGUCCAGAAUAUAUCAAAGAACAUGGACUUGGUAAUGUUUGUUUGAUGGAGUGA